GUACCAGUGCGAGUUGUCCCAUGCAGAAAUCAAUGCGUAUUUCGAGUUGAAAGACCGUCUGCGCCAGCAGAAGGCUCCAGAUGCACCAGCGGAGAGCGACGACCCGGAGGAGCAGGAUGCUUGGGUUCGCCAAAUGCUCACCCAGGAGGAGCGCCGGGUGCUGCAGCAGGCGCUGAUGAGGCGCUUGGUUAGCUGCUUGGAUAGACUAGACCAGGUCCAGCGGGACAAGCCAGGUAACUACCGGCUCUGGCGCGGCAAGCUGGUCUCGGAGCGCUACUGGGCCUCCUUGCUUGAG